GUUAGAUGCACAAGGCAACCGGUGGAUACGUUUAGUCCGGGGCUAGUUCAAGGCUCCUGAGCCUGGCAAUCUUUCUCGCCUUCACCGAGGGGACGGGCCCCCUCACUUUCCGACGACGCAGGGAUGGCGCUUCUUUCGGUUCUUGGUCCUGCUCACGACGGUGGUUUCUUCUCCCAACAGUGGACGUGGCCAAGAGGAGGGGGCAAGCCCAAGGCGGCUGCCUGCGCGGUGUGUGGUUGCAAGAAGAACAUGUAACACUACAAGUGGCGCAAGGCCUGCUACUCGCCGCUGGCAAGGGGGGAAAUCGCCGAACCCAAGCCGCCUGGCGGCGUGUGGGCCUCUUCGCCUUCCGCCAUGGUCGACCAAUCCCCUUUUCCCACGCGCUUUUCGGCUACGGUAAAGGAAAAGGGAAGAGGGAGUACGGCAAAGGGCUGGCCCAAGGAAGCCACAAUGGGACUGGCAAAAGCGGUGCUGGCGGUCCUGGGCAGCCUGCUCCUCCUGGGCCUGUCUCGCAGUCUCUCACGUCCGUGGAGGCGGCUCAGAUGGCCACGCUCAGAACGAAGGAGGGCAGGCCCGCCGCGGAGAUCACUCGAUACAAGCAGCUGGCCCACUCCUUGGCGAAGGCCGAGUUUCAGGCGGUGCCCAAAGCUGUGCAAGUGGAGGACCAGCUGGCCCAGGUGCAGCGGGCACGCAUCCACCACGCCAGCAAGCUCCAGGCGGCCAUCACCAAGGUGGCCUCGCUGGAGAAGCAGUUCGAAGAGCAGCGGUCUGUGGUCAGUGCGAUCAACUCCGAGCUGGACGAGCAUGAUAAGAAGUAUGAGGAUGUGGCCGCCAAGUUUGUCAACGUGGCCAAGCGGGGAGGCCCCAGAGAAUCGGUUGCGCCGUCCAUUUCUUUGGACGCGCUCCUGGCAGGCUCGGUGGACGCUUUCGACAUCGAUUUCGGGAGCACCUUCGAUGUGGACGGUUCCACGCUGCUGGUGGAGCAGGAUGACAUCAACGAGCUCAACGCCAGGCGGGCUCGCUUCGUCGCCGUGCUCCAAUCCAAGGCCAGGAAGCUUUUCCAGUCCGCAGCCGACACCGUCAAGAACGCCAAGGAGGCCCACCGCGCACUGGUCACGCGCUUGUCGGACAAGAAGCGCAAGACCAACGACGCCAGGCCUCUGCUGGCGCUGCUGACGCCGCUGUUGCUGGUGGGCCGCCUUCAUCGGGGAGCGCUAGAGCAUCGAGGUCCUCUGAGGGAACUGGGGGGAACCCCGGGCCCGCGGCUCCAGUUGCCGACUCGGCAGCAGGGGGGGCUUUGCUCGCCGGUGUGCGGGCGGACGCCGCUCGCAUUGCCAAGGAGGCCGCUGUGGCCGCGAAGCAGCUUCCAGUCCCCCCUGCCGAUGGCAUUUGAUUGGUCGUCGUGGGGAGUGCCGUGUGACUCGUGGUCACUCGGCAGGAAGGGUUUUUUUCGUUUUUCUGUUUCGGAAUCCCGUCACCACUUUAAGUCUCCCCAGGCGGGCGGGGGGCUGUCGCGCUAGCGCUGCUCAGCUGACCUCAGCCAGAGGACCCGCAAGUUACCCAGGCCCCCAACGGAGGGAGCGCCCCCUUCCGACUCAGCCAAUUUCCUUUCAUUGCCUCCUUGCCCUGCAUGCACGUUCCAGUUAGUGGUUGAAACGAUCAGUUGUACGGCGCGGUCUUCCGUGGAGCCCUGGGCCACUACCUCGACUUCGCACGUUCUCUUG